AUGCACACCAACGGAGGGCUAUCUAUGCAACUUCGCCGAACGUGUCUUAACGGUAUCCGCAAACUCCGUGACAGACUCAUCCCUUCAAAACGGCCCUAUGAGCGUCCAAGUAACGCGGACAUACCCCGCUGCUUUUGCAUCGACGAGCUGCUCGAGCUCAUCCUCGAUUUUGUCAAUGACCCGGCCAGCCUCGCCAGUCUCGCCCGUGUGUGCGUGGCCCUGAAAGAGCCUGCGAUCAACGCCCUAUACACGCAUCUUGACAACCCUUUCGUGGUUCUCAUGUGCUUACCACAUGAUUUGCUUGCGGUGGUCCACGAGGACUCAGAGGCGGAUGUACCACGUCGUUGGGUGCUUGUACGGAACUGCCCUUACUUCGUUGUGAUGCAUGUUGGUUGA